CUCCUCCUCCCGCACUGAGCAUGCGCGGGCCGCUGUGACGUCACCGCAGUGCAUCAUGGGAGUCGCAGUCUUUCACUGCUUCCUGUUUUCUGACUGCGAGAGUGAGUUCAGUUCAGCUGCUCUGUUUGGAAUCGAGAAAAACUUCAUAAACAACAGCCUAUGUCUGUGUUGGGGUCCUCGAGCGCCCCCUGCAGGCCCAUCACUGCAGUGGCCUGGGUGUCUAACAGCAGCGCCUGCCCUGGUCACUUCACCCUGAUCAGUCAGACUGAGGAUGGAGCCUCGGCUAACUUCAUCCGAGGGUUUGCCAUCAAGUCAGGAUACUUCCUGUGUUACAGUAAGGAUCUGUCCGCUGGGAUGGUUGUAGCAGAUGUGCAGGUGAUUACGGAUAAAGAGACGAUUCCUCACGGUUACUGCUACAUCCCAGAAUUCCUGGAGCAAAAGGCAUCUGUUGGGAAGAAGAAGCGCAUAUGUGUGCGGCUCGUUCCCAUGGGCAGUGUUACGACGGCUGUUCUAGAUCUCAAACUGACAGUCAAGAAUAAGACCAUGGUUCAGCAGUACACCUGCCUGGGGGACAUGAAUGGCUUCGUGGUGUGGUGUUUAAAGGGCCAGUUCUCCUCUCCAGUGCCUCAGGCCAAGCCUCGCCGUGUCAGUCUGGACAUGCGCAGUCUCUCGCUGGAAGGAGCCGGACCCCCGCAGCCUCUCAGACCCAGCAAUCCUUCUGAUGUCUCAUCAAAAGUCAGCUUUCGGCGCAGUAAGCUUGAUACGAACAACCUGAUGGAGGAUGUGAAUGACAGUGGUAACCAUAGCAACCAUAGCAGCAUCCACAGUAUCACAGGAAUGGAUGGAGUUCCUUUCAGUCUACACCCGAAGUUCAGUUCUCAGUCAGACACAAAGGUGUCUGCGAGCAUCCUGAGUGACAUCCGCAUCAGAUCAGUGCAGGACAUCGAGAACGAGUAUAACUACACGUUUGCGGUGGAGGAACAGGCAGCGAGGAGACUCUGUCCGUCAGUGAGCAGCUGACAUCAUCCUCUCGCUGGAUCAGAACCACAUUCCUUCAUGUUACGCUCAGACGUCACACAUCUUCCUGGUUUAAUAAUCCUCUGUGUUUAAGAACACACACGGCUGGUUCUAGUCGGUCUCAUUCUCUCUUUUCUUCUCGGGGUUGGUUUUUCUGCAUCCAAACAUAUAAUCUACAUGUUUCUAUGAAACACUUAACAGUCGAAUCAAAGGACCUGACAAAGUGAUCUCCACAGAGAUAUGUGCAUUAUAUAUUAUAUACGCCCAAAAUAUUCUGUGUAUCUGUUAUGGGAGCUGCAGUUUACUAUUUAAAAAGUGUGGUUACACUAAUAUUCUUUAUUUAACUUAGAAAAAAAUGUAUGUUUCAGAAAUGUGAGGACCAACAAACAAUGUGUUUUCUUGUAUUGUGUGGUUGCUCUUUUGUCUGUUUAAAUAUUAAAGCGACUGGAUAAUUUCAUACUGAGUUGCUCUUUGAAAACAUUUGUACUUGAUUUGAUCAAAUCUGUCUUUUGGGGAAUAUUAGUAAAAAUGAUACUUACACAAAGGAAGCUAUAUUUUAA